AUGACUUCUGCUCUCCAGCCCCGAGAAUGUAAAGCGACCAAAAAACCCCAAAAGAACUACGGAUUCUACCUGCGUAUUGAGAAAGACACAGCAGGGCAUCUUGUCCGGAACGUGGAAAAGGACAGUCCAGCUGAAAAGGCUGGCUUGAAGGACGGAGACAGAGUCCUCAGGGUUAAUGGUGUAUUUGUAGACGAGGAGGAACACACACAGGUGGUGGAGAUAAUCAAGAAGAGUGGGAAUUCUGUUGUAUUCUUUGUUCUGGAUGAAGCUUCCUAUCAAAAGGCAAGAAAGGAGGGAGUGAACUUGGAAGAGUUGGGUCAAAAGGUGUCAACAGAACAGCAGGAGGAGCAGCAGUCCCCGCCGCUCAGGGCCAAUGGAGCAGCAAUCACUGCAGCUCCACAACCCCGGCUCUGCUACCUGGUGAAGGAAAGGAAUGGCUAUGGCUUCUCCUUGAAAACCACAGAAGGUCAGAAGGGCUUGUUCAUAGUAGAGGUAUCAUCACAAGGAGCAGCUGCAAAGGCUGGUGCCCAAAAUAAUGAUCGCCUGAUUGAAAUCAAUGGAAAAAAUGUGGAAAAUGACACACACGAGGAGGUGGUAGAAAAGGUAAAGAAGUCUGGAAAUCAUGUUAUGUUUCUACUUUCCGAUGAAGAAACGGACCAGUAUUACAAAAGCCAGAAGAUGGUACUGAGCAAAGAAAAUGCCAACCUCAAAUUGCUUCCCCUCAAACCACAACUUGUUGAGCUCCAGAAAGGAACAAGUGGUUAUGGCUUUUAUCUACGAAUGGAACGAAAUACUGGUGGUCAUGUGAUCAAGGAUGUUGAUUCUGGGAGCCCAGCAGCCAAGGCAGGUCUCAAAGACAAUGAUAUCUUAGUGGCCAUCAAUGGUGAACGAGUGGAGGCUCUGGACCAUGAACAAGUAGUGGAAAAGAUUAAGCAGUCAGAAGAAAAAGUUGCACUGCUGGUAGUGGAUAAGGAGACUGACACCAUGUAUAAACUGGCUCAAAUUUCCCCCUAUUCAUACUACCACAAAGUACAAGAUCCAUCUCCAGCUAAAGUGGAGGAAAGAGUGGAGCUGCACACUGAGCAGAAAGUGAACAAGCCAAGAAUCUGCAAGAUGGUGAAAGGGCCUAGUGGAUUCGGUUUCAGUUUGAAUAUGAUCAAGAACAAACCUGGACUGUUCAUCAGUGAGAUACAAAAGAGUGGGCCAGCUGACACUGCUGGUCUGAAAGAUAAUGACUUUCUGGUGGAAGUGAAUGGGAUGAAUGUGAGGAAUGAAUCCUAUGAAGAAGUGGUGACAAGAGUGCAGGAUAGCGGUGAUGAACUAACACUACUGGUGUGCAGCAAAGAUGCUUACGAAUACUUUCAGCAUCAGAAGAGUCACAUUACAGCCUCUACAGCAGAUCCAUUCUACAAUGCUUUUGAACCUCCUGCUUACACACAAAAUCCACCAGCAGAGCCAGAGAGAACCUCACCAGAGCCAAGAGAAAGAGCAAGCUCAUCCUCCUCUUCGCAAUCACUCGCCUCACCAACAGCAGACCGUGACAACAGCGAUGACACACGGUUAUGAGAAGACAAACUAUACCAAGAACAAAUAAGUCUCCCAGAUCCCUUUACUUCAAUCAUUCUUUCCUACUGCAUAUCCCAGAAGUAGACUAUUUCUAGGAUUGUACUCCCUUAUAGGUAUGGCAAUCUCUUGCUGAAAUGCAACUGUCUGAAAUAAACACUUCAAUGUAACUUGUAGUCAUUUAACACACUGCAAUUGUACUUCAUUGGCUUUUUGCCUUGUAAAGUGAGCAGUUAGUCACUUAUUUCUGUAAAGACUUAAGUGACUAGAGGUAUAUACUUAAAUGUGCUGCCGCAGAGGGAGGAACCAUAUUUCAUAAAUCUGUAAGUGUUUUAGCCUUUUAAAGACAAGCUCUUAAAUACAGAGCAACUGAUCUCUCCCCAUCUCCCAGGAGACGCAGUUCUCCUAAACAAAGCUCAUGAACUCAAUCUCUGCGGUGACUUAUGUGCUGUAUUUACUGCAGUACAACUGCUGUGAUAUGUCAUAAGCCAAUGUACUACGUGCAUUACACUCCUUUCCCUUGCUAACACUGCAGAAGUUUUUUUUCAAACAUUACAUUAACUUCAUAAUUCACAAUUCAAAACCUUUAAGCACUAUUCUCUCUCCUCUGCUUAUAGUUGUGGAUCACAGUAGUUAGAACAGCGUAUGUAAUUCACAGUCAUGCUUUGUCUGACUCCGAGCCAACCACAUUGUCUUGAAUGCAACAUAAAUGGCUCCAUAAUACUGCUACUGUAUGCUUUGCCUCCUUGCUGUACACCAAAAACAAUGCUGAAAUAAAUCGUUGAGAGUGGCUAUUUCUUUA